AUGUCUUUGCGCGGGCCCAUGCGGCGGUCGCACCUGAGGCAAGUGAGCGCGGCGAGCUUGGAGAGCAGCUCCACCCACUCACCGGAGGCUUCGAACCGUGACCACGACCACGACCAAGCCACAGAUGAUCGGACUGUCAGGCUGUCCUCAGCAAGCUGGACACGACAUCAAUGUGCACUUUGGGUGCAUGAUGAGACGUUUUCACGUGAAGAGAUUUUGUUGAAUCCAUCGGCUUUCGGCGAAACCGAAGUGCAAGUUGGGGAUGUCGUCGAGAUCCUGCCCAUGCGGGGAUCUGGCGAUGCUGGCUAUUCUACCCUAAAGCCCGAGGCAGCUUUGAAAGCUGCUCGUGAGAGUAAGGCCGAACUCAACUCGGCGUCUCAAGCGGAUAGCACCUCCAAAUUCAAGACUCCACUGCAGAGCCGUUGUCUAUUCGUGGUAAAGGCCUUACCGCCAGAGACUAAGGCUCGGAAUCCUCAAUUGGAGAUUUCAGUGACAAACAACAUUGCCAACAUCUUUGGUUUCAAGAACAGAACGCAAGUUCUAUUAUCGAUUGUGGACCGAGACCAAUGUGCGGCGUCUCAUGUCGACAUCGCCUUUCGCGAUCAAUACAUGGUCCGAUCGGACAUGUGGAGAUUAGUCAUGUCAGAGUUAUCUGAUAAAAUCAUAUACAAAGGACAAAAGAUCAUGUUUAUGGGAAGCAUCAAAGCCACUGUCAAAAACAUCUUUAUCCGAGAGAAGAAAUGCCUUUCAGGAUAUUUCUCGCCACAAACGAUCCCUAUUUUCCGAAGCGAGUCCGCUAAAUAUGUUCUAUUCAUCCAAAUGUCGAAAGAGAUGUGGAACUUUGACUCGGAGGGGACUGGCGACAUCCUCUUCAGCCGGGUUAUCAAUGGUUUUCUACCGGAGCUCUUCAAGAGAUGGGCUAAUUCGGAUGCAAAACAUUUGGUGACCAUUGUGCUGUUCACUCGAGUCGAAUAUGAUAAGUCCAACAAUUCAAGUCAGCCUAAACUCAGCGCUGGGAACUUGAACAGCAAAUCCGGACCAAACGAAGUUCCAACUCGAGAUUUCUACCGUGUGGUAGUAAAUGAUAUGGCAAGUGGCCAUUGGACAACCAUCCUAGAUGAGCUGAAAAGGGAAUUCAGGACCUUUUUGCGAGAUGUCUCAAUCCUGAAACCGGACGACAUUGAUGCUGCAUCUGGCAGUGGUAUCAAGAGCCAUUCCAGGCCAAACAUGGCGACCAUUGCCGGGCACCCAAGUUCGGCUCUACGAGGAAACAUCCUAGAGGCCAUUCAUCUCGCCUCUGCUCACUUGGCUUUUGACCAUAUCGAUCGAGACAUGGUCCACACUGGCACCUCAAUCAUUGUUAUCACCCCCGGUAGCGGCGUUUUCGAAGUCUCUUACGAGUCCUUGGCUUCUACAACAGAAGCCCUUGCGAACCGAGGCAUAGCAAUUGACUUGGUCUGUUUGAGUCCGAUGCCUCUCCAUUCUGUGCCGCUCUUCAAAUAUCGGGAGCCAGUGGAACAACAUUCUGGGGAUUCGGGAGGGGCUAGAUCCAGUGAAGUUAACAGGGAUAGGAUGCCUUCUGAGAUACAUCAUUCCCUUUCAAGCGUUGUUAGCAGAUCAUCCUAUCUUUCUCCAAGCUCAUACCUGUCUGCAACAAGAAUGAGGGAACGGGCAACACCUCAAGCCAAAGACUGGAGCUUUGGUAUUCCUCAUUGGCUUGACAUCUCCUAUUGGAACCCUGAAACAUACAGAGAGGCCCGGCGAAUCUUGAAAAAAGACCCAAAUGCGCCUAUCUCUCUUACCGUCACUCGGCCAUCAAAGGCGUUCACGCCACGAGUGCGCAUGUAUGAGAUCCAAAUGAUGGGAGUCAUGGAAAGUGAACAAGCAAACAUCACAAUCCCCUACCUUACUGAAGGGCGCGGUGGAACAAGACCUCGUGGAUCUUGGCCCGGUUACAGUUCAGGUAGUCGCGCUCCUCCUAAAGCCCGUUUCGCGAAUCCUUCAUCUUUCAAGGGACAACUCAGUGAUAGUCUUCGCCCGGGAUCCUUUGUUCAAAACGCGGCGGACCAAAAUGAAUCGCAAACUCGAGAUACGCAGAGUUCACGCAAGGAAGUGAUGUCUUGGAUGGACCAAUACGACGAAAACCUUUUCGCUGUCUCUCCGAAACCACACCAGGCUACCAAAGCGCCCAAAGCAAAGCGACCCAGUGAAUCAGAAGUCCAGGCUGCUGGGGGCGGAAUACAUGAACGGUUAUCUGCUCGCUCCAUCACGCACCUCCGCCAUCAUGAAACAAAUCCUGCAGACGAGAAUAAUUCUUUGCACUCUGGGCCUCGAAGAAUUGACUCGAAUAUGAGUACACCAAGAAGCCCAAGCUCGGGUAACAGCGUGUCUCCCAUAAAAGCAGCGUUGAAAAAGACGCCGGCGCCAAUGGCCUCACGAAUUUCUCGGACGAUUAGCUUUGCGCUUCGAGGCUUGAGCGCUACUCCCCCGAGAGCCUUGGCGAGCACGGUGGUCAAUGUAGAACAUGCCAGUGCUAUGCCCAUGACAAACCAAAGAACUCCUGCCGGGUCAAUUUCCGAUGCCAGGAGCAUCACUUCUUUGAGCCCGUCAGAAACGCCAUCGACUACAUCAGUCUUCGAUGUACUGUCGCCAUCUUCAACACCCGCCAAGUCUUCCCAGACUCCAGCUAGGCCGAUUUCCAUCAAAAUGCCUCCCAAAAAUUUACCAAAGGAAUCCGAACAGCCAGAAGAGGCGGACCCCCAUGGAUCACUGUCGGUGGGAACGCCAGCGAAUGAAGUCGGUCGGGGCCAUAGUGGAGAUCCUCCGAACGAUCACAAGAUCGAAAUUACUCUCAGCCAUAGUCCACGCGAGCCACAUGCGCGGCACUCCCCAAGCAAAGCUUUGUCUCCAUGGGUCCGAUCUGUCAACCCAUGCAAUACCCCUAAAGAUGUGCUGCGGGAUACUAGUUGGUUUGGCCGUUGGCAACAUGCGUAUCCUCGCCCUCCACAUGUGGCUGUGGUAAAGUGGAAGAGCUUAAAGUCUCCCGCGGUGCUUCCAUUGACGACGGAAGAAUUUCCGACCGCUAGUGUGCUUGCUUCAGACUAUCUACAGACACCAUAUCGUGUCUUCCCAAAUGAAGAUUCCGAAGGGAUUGAAGCACCAAAGACACGCGGGGUACUUUUACGCGAAAUGAUCUCGCUGCGGCUUUCUCAUGGCUUCCAAAUCGUUGUUGGAAAACAAGUGGCCGAAGUGUCCGCGCAGCCCGCCCUUGAAUCAUUGAACGUCUUCGAUUUCCGAGGUCUAGAACGCGAUGGGCUCACAAUUUAUCUCUCCAAGGGCAACACGAUUCACCGACUUGUCUGCAUCCAGGGGGAGAAGUUGAAGUGA